AUGUUGUUCAGAAACUAUACCAUUUGUUACGAGAUCAUCAGAUCUCUGACUAAUUCGAAUAAAGUACCAAUAAUCCCCAGUUUAGGCCUUAAAAUCAGAUGGAUAUCGAGCUUGAAAGUGGUAUGGAAGAAAGACACGAGGCUAGACGAAGCGAUCGAGCAGGACAAGCGUUACAAGCUGUGCGCUCGGGUGGUGAAGGAAGUGCUGAACGAGCCGGGCCAAGUGAUUCCGCUCAGAUACCUGGAGAAGCGGCGCGAGAGGUUACGCCUCACUUUCAAAGCUAAGAGCUUCGUUGAGAUGAAUCCUUCUCUGUUCGAGAUCUACUACGAUCGGAUCAAACCCAAGUCGGAGCCCGUUCAGUUCCUCCGCCCCACGCCCCGCCUCAGGGCUUUCCUCGACGAAGAACAGAGGAUCUACGCCGAGAACGAGCCGCUGAUUGUCUCCAAGCUCUGCAGAUUGCUGAUGAUGGCGAAAGAUAAGGUGAUCAGUGCGGAUAAACUGGUUCAUGUGAAGAGAGAUUUCGGAUUCCCCAACGAUUUUCUGGUGAAAUUGAUUCAGAAAUACCCAAACUAUUUCCGGCUAACGGGUUUGCCUGAAGAAGGCCAGUCCUUUCUCGAGCUCGUCGAUUGGAAUCCUGAUUUCGCCAAAUCGACGAUCGAGCGGAGAGCAGAGGAAGAAACUUUGAAAACCGGUGUCCGGGUCCGACCCAAUUUCGAUGUGAAAUUGCCGUCUGGGUUUUUCCUGAGGAAGGAGAUGAAAGAGUGGACUCGGGAUUGGUUGGAGCAAGAUUACAUAUCGCCGUACGAGGAUGCGUCUCAUUUGGAUCAAGCUUCCAAGGAAAUGGAGAAGAGAACGGUUGGUGUGGUGCACGAAUUGCUGUCUCUCUCCUUGUUGAAGAGAGUCCCUGUGCCUAUACUGGGCAAGUUCUGCGAUGAGUUCCGGUUUUCAAACGCCUUCUCGAGUGUUUUCACACGCCAUUCAGGUAUUUUCUACUUGUCACUCAAAGGAGGGAUCAAGACUGCAGUGUUGAGAGAAGCUUAUAAAGAUGAUCAAUUGGGUGAGAGAGAUCCUUUGCUUGCUAUUAAGGAUAAGUUCCUGAGCUUGUUAGAGGAAGGAUGGCAAGAGAGGAAAGAUAAAUUGAAACUGCAGAGGGAACAAGUUCAGAGAGAUAGGGAGAUUUUGUUAGCAUCCAAAAGCAAGGAACCAGAAGAACGUCUCUGUGAUUAA